ACACCAGCAGAAUUGUGACAGCUGUCAGCGUGUAUGUAGCGGUGGCAUAACCUUAAAUCUAUUUCUAUUUAUAUCGGGUUUUGAGAGAAAUACAUCUAAAUAGAAACAAUACUAUAUAUUGAAUCAAUACUUGUACCCCGUUGCACUUGUUGUAUGCAAGAUGGCUGAGCAGGAGCAGAAGAAUUUGGAGGAACGUACAAUUCGAGCCGAAAAGGAUGCAAAGGCCAUUGAGGAGGAGUUGGACAAAAUAUCCAAAGGCGACCUCAGUUACAUUGGCGACCCUCGGCUAGAAAAACUAUAUUCUGAGAAUGAGAAGCUCAAACACCGCUUAGUUAUCUUAGAAAAUGCGAUUAAAGCCGAAAGUUCGGGGUCUCAGAAGCCAGCUGUCAGUAAAGAGAAGAAACUUCCCACCCUAAUAACAGACAUCAACUCUGUGGAAGGCAACAUAUGCAUCGUAGAUGAACUUAAAAACAUAUUUGAAUUCGCUAUUGGAUCUGCCUAUCCAGAUUUAGAGGAUCCACCAAUUGUAAUUACAUUGUCAGGUAACAAUCCUAAAUUCGGAGACUAUCAAUGUAAUUCAGCAAUGCCUAUCUCACAAUUACUCAAGGCUAAGAAUAUUAAAUCUAAUCCGCGGGAAGUGGCUAACAACAUCUUAAACAAAACACCAUCAUCACCAUUUAUUGAGAGAAUAGAAGUAGCGGGAGCAGGUUUCUUGAAUAUAUACAUCAACAAAACGAUUGCUGAACAUGUUAUGAAUUGUAUCCUACGGUUUGGAGUUAAACCGCCCCCUGUGAAGAAAGAGAGGGUUAUAGUUGAUUUCUCAUCUCCCAACAUAGCUAAGGAGAUGCACGUUGGUCAUUUGAGAUCCACUAUAAUUGGAGACAGCAUUUCUCGCAUACUAGAGUACUUGGGCCAUGAUGUCCUUAGGCUGAAUCACUUAGGAGACUGGGGUACUCAGUUUGGAAUGUUGAUUGCUCACUUACAAGACAAAUAUCCCAACUUCAAAACCCACUCACCCCCAAUCUCAGAUCUACAAGCAUUCUAUAAAGAAUCUAAGAAAAGGUUUGAUGAAGAUGAAGAGUUCAAGAAGAGGGCAUACGCUUGUGUUGUCCAGCUGCAGUCCCAUCAACCAGAUUACAUAGCCGCAUGGAAACUGAUAUGUGAAGUGUCUCGCCAGGAAUUCCAGAAGAUUUAUGACCGACUUAACAUCAAUCUAAUUGGUCGAGGGGAAUCUUUCUACCAAGACAGAAUGGACGCUGUUGUCAAACAGCUCAAGGAUGGUGGCUACUUGGAGGAAGAUGAAGGGCGACUCAUUAUGUGGGGGGAUCCUGUGAAGAAAGAUGGCAUACCACUAACAGUAGUCAAGUCUGAUGGUGGCUACACAUAUGACACAUCUGACAUGGCAGCCAUAAAGCAGAGGGUGGAAGAAGAAAAGGGCAACAGGUUUAUCUAUGUUGUAGAUGCUGGACAGUCCACACAUUUUGUCACCAUAGAUGCAUGUGCUCGAAGGGCUGGCAUACUUAAAAACUCACAGAAGAUAGAAUUUGUUGGCUUUGGUGUUGUUCUAGGAGAAGAUAAAAAGAAGUUCAAAACUAGGUCUGGUGACACAAUUAAACUAUUAGACUUGCUUGAGGAAGGUCUCAAGAGGUCGCUAGACAAAUUGAUCGAAAAAGGACGAGACAAAGUCCUGUCGCCUGAAGAACUGAAACUUGCACAAGAAGCAGUUGCUUAUGGGUGCAUCAAGUACGCUGAUCUCUCACACAACAGGGUAAACGAUUAUGUGUUCUCUUUUGAUAAGAUGUUGGAUGACAAGGGUAACACAGCUGUGUACCUGUUGUAUGCUCUGACACGGAUCAGGUCAAUCGCAAGGACGGCGCAGAUCUCGUUCGACCAGCUUUUGGCUGAGGUUGAUAAGACUGGCUUUAAGUUUGGCCAUGAAGCUGAAUGGAAACUGGGCAAAGUCUUACUUCGAUUCCCAGAAAUUAUACUGAAAGUAUCAAAUGAUCUCUACCUUCACAGCUUAUGUGAAUAUUUAUAUGAAAUAUCUUCAGCAUUCACAGAGUUCUAUGAUAAAUGCUACUGUGUCGAGAAGGACAAGGAAGGUAAGAUCGUCAACAUCAUCUACACCAGGCUGAUGCUGUGUGAAGCCACUGCCAGGGUUAUGGAGAAGAGCUUAGACAUUCUUGGAAUCAAAACUGUCUCUAAAAUGUAAUGUAACUACUUAAAGUAGAAACUUAACUUUUGAAAUACGUGUGUCACUUCUAAUUUAUACUUACCAGUAAUUUGUAUUAUUAUACUAUACCUAAAGGUUUUUACAUUAAAUAAUAAGACAGAAACGUG